UUCUUCCUACGCUCCAUAUUCCGGUCCGAGCUCUCGGAGCAGGAAGCAGACGACUCGUCUCCUGCGUUGAAGCUGAGACUUGCAGCCCGAAACCUCCCGGAGGCUCAUUCGGAACCUUUUAAACCCGUUAAAGGAGCGAGUUCGACCGAUGCGGCGAUGAAGCGAACCUCCGCGGAGCGAGUCCACGCCCACAUAUCCCGCAUCCUCUGACUCCACCUUCCCGCUGAGGGCGGAGGUGGCGGCGGUGCGUGACCACAAAAGAUGGACAGGCGAUGCAGCAGCAGCGCCGACUCACGGCUGACCGGCAGGGAGGGGUGCUCCAUCAACAGCACCCCCAUCUGCAGGAGGGCGGAGUCGUACGAAGCCAAGGAGAUGAAGUGCAUCUCGGACGUGAGGAGGACCUUCUGCCUCUUCGUCACCUUUGACUUCCUGUUCAUCACUUUGCUCUGGAUCAUAGAGCUCAACGUGAACGGCGGCAUUCAGAAGCAGCUCGAAAAAGAAGUCCUGCACUACAACUACCACGCCUCCUUCUUCGAUAUUUUUCUCCUGGCGGUCUUCCGGUUCGUGGCGCUCAUCCUGGCGUACGCCGUCUGUAAGCUUCGCCACUGGUGGGCCAUCGCGAUCACGACUGCAGUCAGUUGUGCUUUCCUCAUCGUUAAAGUCAUUUUAUCAAAGCUGCUGUCUCAGGGGACCUUCGGCUACCUGCUGCCCAUCGUCUCCUUCGUGUUGGCCUGGAUAGAAACGUGGCUUCUGGACUUCAAGGUUCUGCCUCAGGAGGCCGAGGACCAAAACAGGUAUCAGUGCAUCGUGGACGCUGCAGAGCGAGCUCCUCUCGUGUGUGCAGGUCCUUUGUCUGACGGACAGUUCUACUCCCCCCCGGAGUCCGCGGCAGACUCCGAUGAGGAGCUGGAUGAUAAACAUGAUCCAGAGAAAGGGCUGAUUCAGCGGGUGAUAUAAUGACCUCCACUUCUGACAUGUUUGCCUCCGGCUCCUGUCGUGCUACUGAGGGGGAACUCUGCCUUACACAUUCUGCCAUAUUUGUCUUUUAUUUAAAAACAUCUUUACUCAUCCACACAAACGCAGUGCUGGUUCUUUAAAUCCUGCGAAACGGAAAAGAAGUGCCGCUUAAAAAGCAAUUUCAGCAUCUCAACGUAUUUACUUUUGGAUUAAAUAAACUGUGGAGCAGUCCGUAUUUUGGGAUAUCAAAGACAAAAUCAUAUCAUCUUGUCCAAAUUGCGUCAGAAGGCUUUGAUUUUCUGUAUUUCACUAUCUUAUGUUUUUACCAAAUUGUCCCCCCCCCCCCGUUUAUUUCCAUCCAUAAGGAAUGAAUGUCUUCUCUUUACAGUGUUAACUUUUAAAUCGCUGAUCUCUUUUACAUGCUUGGAUUGAAAGUCACUGUAAAAUACAACAAGUCCGUAGACUCUGCAUGAAGAAAAGAAGGGUUUAAUUGAGCUUAAUGACCACGAAGCCACAGAGACGUGAUAUUUAAAAUACACCAUGUCCUGUUUUACUGAUUCCACGUAAAACCUCGGUGUCAAGAUUUCUGCUUUAAAAAGCGUGAAUUCUUAUUUAACUUCAAUACUAAACAAGCCAUUACUGUGCAGCACUCACGCGUGAGGCUUUCAGCCUCCUGCUAUUAACGGCAAACUCCUAAAGAGCUGCUAAAUGAGUCAAAUAGGAAUGAACAUACGAGUGGAUCUCUUCACGCAUGCCUUGCAAGUUGGGUAGUUUUUGUUUUUAUGAAAAGCUUGUCUAAAAUAUAAUCAUUAAAAUGUGAAAUAUUG